AAAAAAUUAAAUAAAUUUCAUGCAUAUAAACUAUAUUUAAAAAAUGAGAAUUCAAACACAAGACUUCAAGUCCCACACCUUUGUCUCAUGUUUUCAUUAUACCAUGAGGAAAAGAUCUCCAUCUAUUUCUCUCCUGCAUGCGCUGACGACUACAAUAUUAGACCACUACUUUUAUGUUUAUUCCAAGACUACCCAUCAAAUAAAAUAUAAUAAAAAAAAUUCAAAGUUGAACCAAUAGGCCAUAGGCAUAGAGACUUGACAACUUAAACGCUCUAUAAAUACCAACCCUCUCCUCCUCCAUUCCUCACCAAUCUCGCUCCUCACGCAUCAGUACUUGUCUCAAUUUCAAACACUGGUUAUAAGUUAGCCAAGCCCUGUUUCUUUACCAAAAAAAAACCCAACUCUGUUCUUUAAUAUUUGAUUUUGACCACAAUGCAGUACCAGACAGAAUCAUGGGGCUCCUAUAUGCCCACGAGAAGUAGCAUGGGCGGCGACCCACUGGAGCGCAUAGAGAGGAUGGCCUCAGAGAACGCUGUGGUGAUAUUCAGCGUGAGCAGCUGCUGCAUGUGCCAUGCCAUCAAGAGGCUGUUUUGUGGCAUGGGCGUCAACCCAACUGUGUACGAGCUGGAUGAAGACCCGAGAGGCAAGGACUUGGAGAGGGCCCUGAUGAGGCUCUUGGGCACCUCCUCUGCUGUUCCUGUGGUCUUCAUUGGUGGAAAGCUUGUGGGUGCUAUGGACAGAGUCAUGGCCUCUCACAUCAAUGGCACUCUGGUUCCUCUUCUCAAAGAGGCUGGGGCUCUCUGGCUCUGAAAAUGGAUUCUCUUCUUUCUUCAAAUACUAGUUUUUUGUUCAUUUUUAAGAAAGAGAGAAGAAGAGGAAGAAAUUGACUAGGACCUAAUUACAUAGCAAAAAAGUACCUAAUUGAUGACCAGCAGCAGGGCAGAGGAAGAGGAGUUGCUUUUGUGAGUCCCCCCUAGCUCCAUUUUGGACACACUAAUCACUAAUGUCUCACUCACUAGCUAGCUACUUCAUUUCUCUUUGGGUUUUGUUUUCUUAGUUUCAUAUGGGUGUGUUGGAUUGUCUUCAUGCUUUUACUGUGAGUGUUCAGAGAGAUAUGUAAUGUAAUGGCUCCCUCCUCUGUAUACAAAAAAGAAAAAAGAAAAAAAAAGAGAGUUAAUUUCUUACUUUAAUCUC